CUGGACCACAAAAAGGACUUGUUUGAGGGUUAAAGGAUGGCUUGUGCCAGUUCCAACAAAGACGAGGAUGGAGUGGACAAAUUGUUCUGCGACUUUGACACUGACGAUGAAGACAAAGUGAAGAAACCCUUGGAUGAAAUGGAAAGUGAGGAGGAGAGGAAGGGGACGCUGAGGAAGCAGUGGCUGCAGUACAGAGAGCAGAAACUGAGUCAGCCAUUGCUGGAGGAAAAAGAGGUGCCUGAGGUGCUCAAGAAGAAGCGGCGUCUUCCCAAGAAGAGGGGAAGAAAGAAGAUGGAAGCGGACAAUUGGCUGCAGAGCCACAUCAGGAACAACAUUGACUACUCUCCGUGGUGAAUCAUUUUACCAUUUCAUGCUAGAUUUUCAAAAUCAUUUGAGAUUAUCCAUUUAUUGAUGUGAAAUAUAUUGUUGAAAUAAGUACUAAUUUGAAGGAGUAAAUUGAAAUCAUAAUAAAGUAAA